GGUCAUCCAUCUCCCGCUACUCCUGGUUUCGUCUAACGGGGGACCAUAAGAGCACGGCGGCUCAGGGUCAGGACAGUGAGGCCAUGAUACCUUUGAAGGCUUCCGAGAAAGUGUUCCUGCUCUCGGGAGGCGCCGUGCUAACAAUUCACGCAGCAAUGCCAGAAGACGAAGGAAGAUACGUCUGUUUCGCCAACAACUCGGCCGGACAGGAUAAAGUCUAUACAGACCUUAUCGUGAUCGCACCACUGUCCGCAACCAUCGAUCCUCCUGUGCUGAUAGUGGACGCUGGCGGGAGUGCCAACUUAAGUUGCAGGGUGUCUGGGCGCCCCGUGGAAGGAGUUGUGUGGACACAUGACGGCGUCCCACUCUUCGCUUCUGGCUCGUCAUCCGGCAGCUCUGGGACCGGAAGUGCCAAGAUUACUUCCGUUUCCGGAUCUGCAAAUGUGGUCUUGCUGUCACGUGACGUUCUGCGCGUCGCACCAAUGGAGCGAAGUGACAGUGGAAUGUACCAGUGCCUGGUCUACAACCGGCAGGACUCGGCGCAGGGAACUGCGCAAAUAACUGUCACAGAGGACGCUCCAGUGCUAGAAUACGCCUUUCCAGAGGUCCAGGUUACACCCGGUGGUAGUGCGUCACUCAAGUGCUCCGCUUCGGGAAAUCCUUUGCCCCAAGUGACGUGGACCCUCGAUGGAGAAGUGGUUCCUGAACAUUACCACGUCCGCAUUGGGGACUACGUCAGUAGUGAACGCCUCGUACACAGCUACGUGAACUUGACCAGCGUGCGUGUUGAGGACGGCGGCCUCUACUCGUGCGUGGCUCGAAACAGCGCCGGCCAGGCAUCGCACUCGGCACGCCUCGUCGUGCCAGGAAAACCCGUGGCACGGAGACCCACCGCAAACGUCACGGCACUCGCAGGUCAUACGGUACGGCUCUACUGUCCCGUGGCAGGAUACCCCAUCGAGAGCAUCGCUUGGCAAAAGCGGUAUUUUGUUUCCGUUUCCACUUUUUUUAACGCUGCACUUGGUCGGCAUCUUUCGCGCCCAGACGGCCGUUGGCUUCCGCAGAACCAUCGACAACGCAGCUUCCCCAACGGCACCCUGGUGGUGACGCAAGUGCAGCGCAGCCAGGACACCGGCUGGUACGAGUGCACCGCCCGUGACACGCAAGGGAACACAGCCCGAGGGCAGCUCGUUUUGCGUGUGAUGACUCCACCUGUGGUAAGUCCGUUCAAUUUUCCGGAUGACCUGACGGAAGGCAAGCGAGCUGGCGCUGCCUGCAUCGUUUCCGACGGCGAUCCGCCCAUAUCCAUCGGAUGCGCAUCCCGAACCAACGACUACACGUCCUUCUUGUCUAUCGUCGCUGUCCGUCAGGAACUCCACCGAGGCUUGUACACCUGCGUCGCCUCAAACCCGGCAGCUUCGGCCAACUAUACGGCACCUAUGCUGGUCCGUGUUGGCCCACGGUGGCAGCAUCAACCUGAAGACAAGGCCGCUAUUCUGGGCCAACCUUUGAUAUUUGACUGCCAAGCGCACGGUUUCCCAAUCCCGGUUAUCCGAUGGAAGAAGGAACGUU